AUGGGAUCCCACUUCCGCCCACUUGUCCACGAAUCCCCAGCCAUUAAUUUCCACCGCCUCCUCCUCUCCUCCGCUUCAGGGUUACAGCAGCAGCCAUGGAGGAGGACUUCGAGCGCGCGGUGGAGGACGGCCUCAGGCUCUCCAAGCGGGUGCGCCACGGCCGAGGUCACCCUCGUCGCGCGCUGGUGGCUGCACUGCCUCACCCGCAGCCGCGACUGCGACUACCGCCUCGUCGUGCCCAUGGGCAAGGAGGUGACCCGAUUUGAACCCUCCCCCUCCCCUUUGCUAUUUCGCCGUCGAUUGGAAUUUGCUGUACCUGAUUUUGUUGCCGUCAGGCGCUGGAAUGAUUAUACGAUAAAGUUUGCGGUUAUCCUCUAG